GAGUAGGGUGGCUAUACGCAGCGCGGCGAUGUCACCGGUUGUUAGAGACUGCGUGUAGUCGCCGGAGUGAGGGUGGUUUCAUCCGGACCUUAUAUAAAGGGAAGAAAACUUUGUGACGUCGCCACUAGCUUUGAUUGAUGCAUGCGGUCCGCUUGUCGCAUCGAUGCCGAAGACGGUGAAAGAAGACGUGUGAACGCAGAAGAGGAACGAGAAAGAUCGAGAUUUUCCCGAUAAUCACGAGUGUCGGUAGCGCGCAGCCACGUGGCGGUUCGGACCGGUGAUACCGGAAGUGUGUUGCGCGCUAGAAACGUUACUACUGGUCAAUUCGGUUAAAACAAUGGCAUUCAAUAACAGUACUCUGGUUCCGGACUAUAUUAACGAAGAUUAUGUCCAUCCGGCGGUGUACAUCGGCGCCUCGGUCGCGCUCGCCUUCAUCGGCUUCUUCGGCUUUAUCAUGAACCUGUUGGUCGUGGUGGUGAUCGUCAAAGACGCGCAGACACUCUGGACACCCGUCAAUGUAAUCUUAGUCAACCUGGUGUUCGGCGAUUUGUUAGUGGCUGCUCUCGGGAAUCCGGUCGCUAUGGUUUCCGCAAUGACUGGAGGAUGGUACUGGAGCUACAAAGUGUGUCUAUGGUACGCCUGCUUUAUGUCCACCUUGGGAUUCGCCAGUAUAGGGAACCUGACUGUGAUGGCUGUGGAAAGGUGGCUACUGGUCGUCAAACCGACGAAAGUCUUAUCCAUCCGAACAGCGAUCAUACUUGGCUUCCUUGUCUGGAUCUACGCGCUUUGCCUCUCCUUGCCUCCGCUGGUCGGCUGGGGAAGCUACGGACCGGAAGCAGGAAAUGUAUCCUGUAGUGUAUCAUGGGAAGUUCACGAUGAAGUUACGCGAAGUGGCAGUUACAUUGGCUAUAUCUUUACUGUCGGCCUUGUGAUUCCCGUAAUAAUCAUCAGCGCUAGUUACCUGGCGAUCAUAGCAAAGUUAAGGAAAGUGAGAAAAAGGGCAGGUGCACGCGGAAGGCGAGAAGCGAAAAUUACAAAAAUGAUCGCGUUGAUGAUAAUAGCCUUCCUGGUUGCUUGGUUACCCUACGCGACUUUGGCUCUCGCCGCUCAGUAUUUCGACGUAAAACCAUCAGCGUCCUUGGCCGUGCUACCAGCUCUGCUAGCGAAAUCCUCUAUUUGCUAUAACCCGAUCAUCUAUGUGGGUUUAAACAACCAAUUUUCACGAUCAUUAAAGAAGAUAUUCGACAUACGGAUCACGAGAAAUAGGGUACCGGAAAGUCAAAACAUGACUGCCCUGACUACUCUGAACAGAUCGGAUCAACGAAUCUAAGGACAACCAACGUACUAUCGAGAGAUACCAUUCGACUAUCCAGAGAUCCUUCAGAUUCCGAUAGGAACAUUAUCGCGAACGUUAGUGAACGCUUGAACGAUGUGGUAAUUUGACGGUCGGAUACUUUUUAUAAAUAUUUUACUUCGUCUGAAAGAAGCGUUUUAUAUUUUGUUUGAUAAUUAUAAGUCGAAAUAUUUUUCAUGCAUGUACAUGGCCAUUCCUUUCACAGAAGUUGAUGUGCCAGCAUUGAUUUUGUAUUCACUGGUAUAAGAUUUUUCGUCAUCAUUCGAAUAGAAACUUAACGAAGAUGCAUAAUUUUUUUACGAAACGAUGUUACAAAUAAAC